AUGAAGUACACAAAGAAAGCCAAGAAAAGAGUGAUCUCAAACCCUAAGAAAGGGUGUUACAAAGACCGGCAUGCAAAGGUGGAAGGACGAGAUUGUCGCGUGCGGUUGUCAGGGCUCACGGCUGCCCGCUUCUUUCAACUGAGUGAUGAACUGGGUCAUCGCAAUAACGGGGAGACCAUUGAAUGGCUCCUUAACCACGUCCCUCCCUACCACUUUCCUAAUUCUAAUGUCUCAUCUUCUACUUGUACUUCAACUUUAGACGCCAAUUUGCGAUUAAGCUUAGGAAGUGCAAGAAGUUCGGUUGUCUCUUCUUCUUCGAAUAGUAAAGCAGCGGUAAAGGAAACGAAUAUGGGUUUGAAAGAAGAGGAUUUAACGAUGGGGAGUGAGUUUGAGACGUAUAAUGCAACUGGAAACGCUUCCUUCGUAUCACUGUUGAUGCAAUUUGAUAAGGUCGGGGGAACCAGUUUAAUUUAA